CGCCAUUCGGAAGUCCAAUCGGGGGAGACCAGCAGUCUUACGUAAACAAGGGGCAGGUCUAGUUUGGAGGCUUUAUAACUCACAUUCAGUUUCCUUGUACGCAACUCAACUUACUCCCAUAAGACCUAGCAAUGGCAAGAACCAAGCAAACCGCCCGCAAAUCUACCGGCGGCAAGGCUCCGAGGAAGCAACUCGCCACCAAAGCGGCGCGCAGGGUUGCCAGAUUGGGCGUAAAGCCCAGCAGUAAUUUAUCCAAAUUAACACUGGCGGCGCGUAAAAGCGCACCAGCUACUGGUGGCGUGAAGAAGCCUCACCGUUACAGGCCUGGUACAGUGGCUCUGAGAGAAAUCCGUCGUUACCAGAAGUCCACUGAGCUGCUGAUCCGCAAGCUGCCCUUCCAGCGUCUGGUCAGAGAAAUCGCUCAGGAUUUCAAAACUGAUCUGCGUUUCCAGAGCUCUGCCGUCAUGGCUCUUCAGGAGGCUAGCGAGGCUUACCUGGUCGGUCUGUUCGAGGACACCAACCUGUGCGCCAUCCACGCCAAGAGGGUCACCAUCAUGCCCAAGGACAUCCAGCUGGCUCGUCGUAUCCGUGGGGAGCGUGCUUAAAUGAAUUGAAGUCAGGAUCCGAAAAUGCAAAGGCUCUUUUAAGAGCCACCUAAAUAUGAAAAAGACUGUUUUCCAACCUGCUUGGUUAGAUUUACUUUUAGUAUUCUUUGAACUACAUCUGAUCGGACCUGGUAUUCAUUGCAUAAU